AUGUAUUUUAAAUUAUACUCAAUAAUAUAUUUUAAAUUAUAUUCUAUUAAUAUAUUUUAUUCCUCACUUCUAUGUAUAUUUUAUUCCUCACUUCUAUGUAUAUUUUAUUCCUCAUUUCUAUUCCUCACUUCUAUUCCUCACUUUACCAUCCUUUACCCCCCCCUCACUUUACCAUCCUUUACCCCCCCCUCACUUUACCAUCUUUACCCCCCCCCCUCCACUUUACCAUCCUUUACCCCUCCUCACAAAUACCACAUCCCAUCCUUAUCAAUCCAACCUAAUUCCAUCCUUAAACCUAUCCCCUCGAAUCGUUCCUAUCACCUGCAAUCAAUCAUCUAUUUCUGUAUCUUUCCUUAUAAAUGCUUAUUAAUAUCAUUAUUAACUACCAUAACAAUAACAUUCAUUAAUUUAUCACUUGUACACGAUUGCCCGCUUCUUUCAUUAAUUUUUACUUUUUUUAAACAAUGUCAAUCAAUCAAAGCUAUCAAAAUGACAUUACUACAAAAAGGAAAUGUUAUAGAAAAGCAUGUGCAUACAUGCCAUGCACAUACGCACGGCAUGUGCUACGGGCUGAGUGCACUUAUCGGAACACGAAUUUCCUUUUUUUAUCAACGCGCUGAACAAAAAAUCAAAUUUACUUAA